AUGUCAAACAAUGAUAAUAACAAUAAUGGGAGGAUCGACUUUGAACAAUUGGAAGAGAACUUGGGACGUAUGAUCAAGAAGCAAAAGAGUACACUGACAAAGACAUUGAAAGAUAUCGAUUCGAUUGUGGGUACUCUUUCAAGCUCAAAGAAACAAUUGGAACUAUUUGCUGCAACCACUGCUUCUCAAUUACAAGAUGAUGAAAAGGCUUCAGACUCAAGUAAAACAGAACAACCUAAAUCAACAUUUGUACCAAUAGUAGUUGGUAAACUUUAUCAAUCAUUAUCAGAAUCAAAACAAUGUCAAAAGGUUCAAUCAGAACAUAAAGAAUUACAUUCAAAUAUAUCAAAGACUGGUAAAUUGGUUGAUAAAAACUUUAGAUCAGAUAUAGAAAAAUCAACAAAAGGAAUUGAAUUUGAUCCAAAGACUGUAAAUAAGAUUAUAUUGUAUCAUUUCUAUCGAGAAGGAAAGUUUGAUGUAGCUGAUUUAUUCGCCGAUGAGAUUGGUGUAAAGCAAUCGGAAUCAGAAUAUCUAAAGGCUAGGUUUACUGAUCAUCACGAUAUAAUUAAAUCAAUGGAAAUUAAAAAAGAUUUACAACCCGCCAUCAAUUGGUGUAAACAAAAUAGACAAGAAUUACAUAAUUUAGAAUUUAAAUUACAAAGAUUACAAUUUAUACAUUUAUUAUCUUGUGGAAAGACAACGGAAGCACUUGGACAUGCUAAAUCUACAUUUUCUGAAUUUGCCAAUACAAAGAUGCGAGAUAUUCAAACGUUGAUGGGUGCUUUUAUCUAUGCCAAUCGGCUCAAAGAUUCGCCCUAUGCCUAUAUAUUUGCACCACAAGCACUCAAAGAUCAUUGGUCAGACAUUAAAGAUGCAUUUGCAAGGGAGAGUUAUCGAAUUAUGGGCGUUCCUCAAGAAUCUCCACUUGCCAUCACAGUCAAUGUAGGAGUCAGCUCUUUACCAACUUUUAUCAAACUUUCCACCUUUUCCGUCCUUCAAAAGGCCAACGACGAUAGUAAUUCACUCACUGUAGAGAUCAAUGUAGAUCAGAAAUAUAAAUUUCAUUCUAUAUUUGCUUGUCCAGUGUCAAGAGAACAAUGUACAAAGGACAAUCCUCCAGUACUUUUGAUUUGUGGUCAUCUCAUCUCUCUCAGUUCAAUGAACAAAUUGGUCAAAGGUUCUGGUAAACUUAAAUGUCCGUAUUGUCCAACCGAACAACAUUUUAAAGAGGUUUUAACAACUAAAAAGACAAACACAACUCUUUAUAUAUUUGUAAAUAAACUAAAAGCUAAAAAGAAAGGAGGACAUCAUGGUCAUGUCUGGGUUUCCACCGUUUUAGAUUAUUCAACUUUGAUUUAA